UCUCAGAGAUCGGCGGCGGCGGCGCUGCGGGAGCUCCGGCGGCCGCGAACCUAAUGGCUGCGAGCGGGCCGCGGUGAGCGCGGGCGGAGAGCGACGGGCGUGGGGCUGCGGAGAGCGAGAGCGAGCGCGGCCGGACCCUGGCCAGGCCCCGCCCGACCGGCCGAGCCCGCGAUGCGCCCCGGGGUCGCCCCCCGGCGCAGCUGACGCCGCGGCCCGCGGAGACCCCGGCCGGUCGGCCCCGGAGAGCGGCCACCCCGGCCCAGGCCGCGAUGGCGGGGAAGGCAGCCGCCCCGGGCACCGCGGUGCUGCUGGUCACGGCCAACGUGGGCUCGCUCUUCGACGACCCAGAAAACCUCCAGAAGAACUGGCUGCGGGAAUUUUAUCAGGUCGUCCACGCGCACAGGCCGCACUUCCUGGCCCUGCACUGCCAGGAGUUCGGAGGGAAGAACUAUGAAGCCUCCAUGUCGCACGUGGACAAGUUUGUCAGAGAACUGCUGUCCAGUGACGCGAUGACAGAGUACAGCAGGGCGCGGGUCUACCUGGAUGAGGACUACAAGUCCCAGGAGCACUUCACGGUGAGUGCUCUUCCCUCCGUGGAACCGGCACUAGGAAGCUUUUACUUUCUUCACGAAUCCUUAAAAAACAUCUCCCAGUUUGACUUUAAAGCCAAGAAGUAUAAAAAAGUCACUGGUAAGGAGAUCUACUCAGACACGCUGGAGAGCACGCCCAUGCUGGAAAAAGAGAAGUUCCCGCAGGACUACUUCCCCGAGUGCAAGUGGUCGAGGAAAGGCUUCAUCCGGACGAGGUGGUGCCUUGCGGACUGUGCCUUUGACCUGGUGAACAUCCAUCUUUUCCACGAUGCUUCCAACCUGGUUGCCUGGGAGACCAGCCCUUCUGUGUACUCGGGGAUCCGGCACAAGGCCCUGGGCUACGUGCUCGACAGAAUCAUUGACCAGCGAUUCGAGAAAGCGUCCUACUUUGUCUUUGGCGAUUUCAACUUCCGGCUGGAUUCCAAGUCCGUGGUGGAGACUCUCUGCACCAAGGCCACGAUGCAGACCGUCCGGGCCGCCGACACCAACGAAGUCGUGAAGCUGAUUUUCCGAGAGUCGGACAACGACCGGAAGGUGAUGCUCCAGCUGGAGAAGAAGCUCUUUGACUACUUCAACCAGGAGGUUUUCCGGGACGACAACGGCACCGCGCUCUUAGAAUUUGACAAGGAGCUGUCUGUCUUUAAGGACAGACUGUACGAACUGGACAUCUCGUUCCCUCCCAGCUACCCAUACAGUGAGGACUCCAGCCAGGGCAGGCAGUACAUGAACACCCGGUGCCCCGCCUGGUGUGACCGUGUCCUUAUGUCCCCGUCCGCCAAGGAGCUGAUUCUGAGGUCGGAGAGCGAGGAGAAGGUUGUCACCUACGACCACAUCGGGCCCAGUGUCUGCAUGGGAGACCACAAGCCCGUGUUCCUGGCCUUCCGCAUGGCGCCCGGGGCAGGGAAGCGAUGCCAGCGCCACGAGGGGACCCCCGGCGAGACCUCCCUGCAGCACGAGGAGCCACGUCCUCCGACAGCUGCAUCGACAGGCCCGCCUGCGCGCCACCGCUAGACGGCCGGCCCCACACGUCGCUUCCGCCCCGGACGGCGCUCCGGACAAGCCUCACAUACCUCACUGUCGUGUCUGUUCGUGUGACAUCAAGUAGAAACAUGGGGAUUUUUUUAAAUAAGUCACAGUCCUGUCGCCAAAACUCUAAUAGACAGCAAAGAGAUUCUGCAUUUUAGACUUCACGGUUUUCGAUUUUUAAUCAUUGUCAGCGUGGAGGAGCUUCUCUGGCGUAGAAACCCCACAGGGCUUGGAGUCCCCUCUGUGGCGGGGCGGCCGGGGCUCUGCCGGCCGGCGGCGUGGCCCUCGCUUUCACUUCUGGAGGCCCCUUCCCUGUUAGUCACUCUACUGCCAUGUUACAUGGUUUUUGAAUCACACUGCAGCUGCUUUCCAUUUUUAUAUAUAUAAAUAUAUAUAAAUAUAUACUUUUUAAAAAUAAUUUAUAAACUUACCAAAACUUACGCUAAAUAUACUUUCCAGUAUGAACGCUUGAGUGUCAUAUCAGCAGGGUAGAAUUGGCGUCUAGGAGUUUGGUUACGUGCACGUCAACACACAAAGCUAUAAAACAAGUACUACGACCCAGCAGAGCCGUCAGGGGUCAGACCGACCACAGCACAUCCAUACGAGCAGUUGGAGACUCCUAGGCCUUUUUCUGCCUAAUAUUAAGAACUGAAUGUGAAGUUUAUAGCUAGCUCGGGUGUACCUUUUAAGAAUUUUGUAAACCGUUUUGUCUGUCUUUUGUUACUGUUCUAUGGUGCCAAGUAUUCUACAUAAAACAAUAAUAUCAUGGGAGAAAUAAAAAUAGCUAGUCUGCUUCUGAUAGAAACUGCUUGUAACGUGGCCUGUAUAUAAAAAUAUUCAGAGAAACAAACUGUACACGUCCUUGGAUGCUGAACCUCUAACGACCUGUCGUAACCCUGCUGCACGUACUUGCUCCUGGCACCCGGCGGAGCAGUGAGAGGUGGUCCCAGGGCCCGUGGAUGAAACACAAACGAACGUUUUAUUGAUUUGCUUUAACACUACAGAACUCCUGGGCUGGGUGAAGGCGCUGGGUGGAAGCUUGUUUUGGAUAAAUCACAACCGUUGCAAGUGAGCUGGCGUCCACGUGCCGAAUCUGUGUCCUUGACAGUACCGUCAGGGUCUGUGUCAAGCUGUGGUCGCUCUGCUCUGGCCGGCCCACGGUGAUUCUGUGCAGCGGGGUUUCAGCUGUUGGUCACUCAGGAGGCCUUUGGAAAUGACCGCUCCGGUCCCUAAGCAAUAAAAUCGAUCGUGGUGAAAA